AUGUCGUCUCACGACGUCGAAAAGAAAGACCUGGGCUACGAUGUCGCAUCGCCCCCAACUAAAGAUGUCGGCCUCGGUGAAGAUCAGCACAUUCGAGGUCUCGAGACGAGCGCUGAGACGUCGCUCCACAGAGGCCUCAAGGCGCGACACAUCACUAUGAUUGCCAUUGGUGGUGCUAUCGGAACUGGUCUCAUUAUCGGUACCGGAAAGGCUCUCGCCCAAGCUGGUCCUGGUUCUGUCUUUAUCUGUUAUACUCUUGUUGGUUUCGUCGUCUUUCUCGUCAUGGCUGCUCUUGGUGAGAUGGCUGCUUGGUUGCCCAUGUCUGCUGGUUUCACUGGUUACGCUUCUCGAUUCUGUGAUCCUUCUCUCGGUUUUGCUCUUGGCUGGACAUAUUGGUUCAAAUACAUCAUUGUCACGCCUAACCAACUUACCGCUGCCGCCCUCGUCAUUCAAUAUUGGGUUGAUCGAGACACAGUCAAUCCUGGUGUCUUUAUUGCCAUCUUCCUCGUCGUCAUCUGCGUUAUCAACUACUUUGGUAUCAAAUUCUUUGGUGAACUCGAAUUCUGGCUUUCCUCCUUCAAGGUCAUCACCAUCAUCGGUAUAAUCCUGUUCUCUCUCGUCCUGGCUCUCGGCGGUGGCCCUGACCAUGACCGAAAGGGUUUCCGAUACUGGAGCAACCCUGGUGCAUUCAAGCCUUAUAUCAUGGAAGGCGACGCUGGACGAUUCCUCGGAUUCUGGUCCUGCAUGGUCAACGCAACCUUUGCCUACCUCGGAACCGAACUCGUUGGUGUCACAGUCGCUGAGGCCCAGAACCCUCGCAAGACCAUCCCCCACGCCAUCAAGCUUACCUUUUACCGAAUUCUCUUCUUCUACUGUCUCUCCGUCCUCCUCGUCGGCAUGAUCGUCCCCUACAACUCUGAGGAACUUGCCUUUGCCACCACUGCCAAGGCUGGUGCUUCUGCCUCGCCCUUUGUCGUUGCUGGUACAAUCGCUGGUGUCAAAGUCGUCCCUCACAUCAUCAACGCCUGUAUCUGCAUCUUUGUCUUUUCCGCCUCCAACUCGGAUCUGUACAUUGCCAGCCGAACCCUCUACGGUCUUGCUUCCGACGGUUCAGCUCCCGCCAUCUUCAAGAAGACCAACAAGGACGGUGUUCCCAUCUACGCCCUUGGCAUGUCUGCUUCUUUCUGUCUGCUCGCCUUCAUGAACGUCUCGGACGACUCCACAAAGGUCUUUGGCUACUUUGUCAACCUGACCACCAUCUUUGGUCUCCUGUCCUGGAUCUCCAUCCUUACCACUCACAUCUUCUGGUGCCGCGCCAAGAAGGCUCAGGGUCUUUCCAACGAAGCUCUUCCCUACGUCGCCCCCUUUGGCAUGUGGGGAUCCGUUGGUGCUCUUGCCAUGUGUAUUCUUAUUGCCUUGACCAAAAACUACGACGUCUUUGUCCGCGACAAGGAGUCAGGCAAGAUCAUGGGCGGCGAGAAGUACAAGACCUUUAUCACAGGUUACCUGGGUAUUCCCGUCUACCUGAUCCUCAUCUUUGGCCACAAGUUCAUCACCAAGUCUCGUGGUAUCAAGCCCCAUGAGGUCGACUUCUAUACCGGCAAGGAUGUCAUCGACCGUGAGGAGGAGGAGUUCCUUGCUGCCCAGGCUGCUAAGCGUGAGGCCGAGGGUCCCAACCGUGGUGGAUGGUUCUACAAGACCUUUGUUUCAUGGCUGUUCUAA